GGUUCAAAACUUUAUCGGUUAAAUUUGUGACAAAGUUGCGAGCGAGACUUCGAUUGAAUUACUGUUUCGCGGGGCGACAUAUCUGAAUCCUUUCGUUGCUGAUUUCAUGACCAAAAUGUCUCAGAAACAUAUCUACUACUCUGAUAAAUACACAGAUGAUCAUUAUGAAUAUAGGCAUGUGGUUUUACCGCGGGAACUGGCCAAACAGGUGCCCAAGUCCCAUCUGAUGUCCGAGGAUGAGUGGAGGAGACUGGGCGUGCAGCAGUCACUGGGAUGGGUCCAUUAUAUGAUCCAUGAGCCUGAACCUCAUAUUCUGCUGUUUAGGAGACCUCUACCAAAACAAUGACGUAUUUUUCCUACUCAUCUGGAACAUUCCUGUGGAUGAAUCGGGUAUUCAGUGAAUACUUGUGAACUUUACCACGUUUCUGGACUCCUGUGGACACGAUGCUGUGUUUGACGGCGCUUAUGCUCGGACUGAGAAUCAAGGGGAAUAUGGGAAUGUGUUUUCAGUGAAAAUUGGAGGGCUCUUAACUCAUCAAAAAUCAUGUGACCAAAAGUGCGUCUUGGGGUGAAGCUAAACCUUUAAAGAUGUGUUUGUGAAAUAAAAAUCUGUGAUUCAUUAUCAGUGUUUAAGAAACUUAAAUUGGUGUUCUUUAUGGCGGACCAAAAGAAAAUGAAACUUAUUUGGUUAAAAGAUGACGUACUGUAAGCUCAAGUUCAUUUGGGUGUAUCUAAAGACUGUCCUUCUGUUAGGUUGUGUAUUAGCUGAGACUUGAUCUCUGGUUUGCAUGUGAUAUUUCAGGGAAGGCUGUUGUAUAAGAUGUAUAACGGUGCUUGUAUACAUGUAUAAGAUGUGAACUUAUGUUGACAGUGUUCAUAAAGCAUGAACAAAUAUUUUGGUCCUUUAUUACAAGAUAAAUCAGGACAAUCAUUUGUUUUAUUCUCGAUUAUAUUCUUGCUACUCUUUGUAAUAA